GCGCCAUUACACCCUUUCCAAAUAAUUACAUGUAGCGAAAUUAUAAGGAAAGAAAUCCAAUUUUCGGAUUUCCCUUAUCUUCAGUUGUAUAAAAUCUGAAGCCGACCACACAUCCUCAAUAGACUUUCGAGAUCAAUUAUCGUUCACCUUAUCUUCCGUUUGUUUGAGAUUUUUCGUUCACCUUCUCGUUAUGGCUUCGCAAAUCACGAACCAGAUGGUAGAGACAGGAGAGACAAGCAACCCUCAUGUCGGUUCUGAGGUGAUGGAGGGUCUGAACCAGAUGGUAGAGACAGGAGAAACAAGCAACCCUCAUGUCGGCGCUGAGGCGAUGGAGGGUCCGAACCAGAUGGUAGAGACAGGAGAAACAAGCAACCCUCAUGUCGGCGCUGAGGCGAUGGAGGGUCUGAACCAGAUGGUAGAGACAGGAGACACAAUCAACCCUCAUGUCGGUCCUGAGGCGAUGAAGGGUCUGAACCAGAUGGUAGAGACAGGAGAAAUAAGCAACCCUCAUGUCGGUGCUGAGGCGAUGGAGGGUCUGAACCAGAUGGUAGAGACAGGAGAAACAAGCAACCCUCAUGUCGGUGCUGAGGCGAUGGAGGGUCUGAACCAGAUGGUAGAGAUAGGAGAAACAAGCAACCCUCAUGUCGCUGCUGAGGCGAUGGAGGGUCUGAACCAGAUGGUAGAGACAGGAGAAACAAGUAACCCUCAUGUCGGUGCUGAGGCGAUGGAGGGUCUGAACCAGAUCGAAGAAACAACUAAUCAUGAUGCUCCAGCAUGGGUCGAAGGUUACGCCCGGAAAAAAGCUUGUCACCAGUGUCGUCAAAUAAGAAAUGUCUAUGGACAUUGUGUAACCAAAAAGAAAAGCCGUACAUGUCCGUUUAUGUUAUGUCCCCCGUGUUUGAAGAACAGGUACGGAGAGGACGUAGAAGAAGUAGUGGUGAACACUAAUUGGCUUUGUCCAAGAUGUAGAGGACUUUGCAAUUGUAGUGGCUGUCGGAGGAAAAACGGUUUAGACCCUACUGGACCAUUGGUAGGCACAGCUAAAAAAAGUGGGUUCAACGAUGUCUCUAAGUAUCUUGAGAAAUCUGAGGAUGCUGACAAACAUGUCUAUAAGACAAUGGCGAAAAUGGCUAUAGCUUCACCAGAAAGCCUUGGCCAGGAGAUCUAUGUUGAAAAAAACCGUGCUAUUGUCGAAAAGAAAGAGGAGGUUAAGCUACCUCAGGGCAUCGAAUCAAUUGUUGUCUCUGGCAUUGACUUGCCCCCUGAACAUACUGGGAGUGUGUUACAGUUUUUGGAGUUCUGUUCAACUUUUGGAAAGGUUCUUAAUCUGAGGGAAGGUCAAGCAGAAAGUAUCGUACAUGAAGUGUUAUCCGGCAAAAACACAAGGGAAAUAUUUCUCUCUACGCUCACCGAGAUCAUCAUCCAAUUAUUGGCUGUGAUAGUAAAAGACACAGGAAACAAAUCGAUGAACCUUCGUGAGUUCUGGAUCAAUGCUAUUGGUGAUUGUCUUGCGAAAUCAGUAGUCAAACUUGAUGGCUUGACUCCAGAAAUGUUUAAAGAUAGCAUACAUCCAUAUGAGGAGUUGAAUACUUCGCAAAGGCUAAAGCUAUUAAAUUUUUUAUGCGAUGAAGCCCUUGGCACAACGGUAAUGAGGAGUUGCAUUGAGAACCCUGAAUAUGCUGAAAGGAAAAAGGAAGCCAAAAAGAUGGUGAAGGCUGCGAAAUAUAAGGAGGAACAAUUGCUGAAGAAGAAAAAAGAUGAGUUGGCUAGAGGUCAAUUGGAGAACAAUGGGAUUCUGCUGAGGGUUGAUCAAAGGCUUGGGAUUCUUAGGAAAAUGGAGGCUGAAACUGAAGAUGUAAUUGGUGAAUUGCAUAACGCAUUAGAAUUUCAAAAGAAUCUAGGAUAUGAUGAUCCUCUUAGAACCAACCCGGUUCAACGAUAUGAGAAUGGUCUUGUUCUCUGGAAGUUGAAAUCGUACAAAGAGGAAAAACCUAAUAUUUUGCUUCAAGAUUUAGGAAGCUCCGGUGAAGUAUCGCCUCAAGAAAAAUGGUUUGCCUUUACCCCUGAGCAGAAACCAGACAUAGAGGACUUCAUCGCUAAUUCCAAAAAGAUGAUGAGAAGGCGUCGUCGAUCAAAGAAGACAGCAAAUACCAUUGAUCCUGUGUCAGAGGAGUAGUGAUGAUUAUUUUCUUCUUCUUUCUGGCUUAACUCAAAACUCUUUACAGAUGUGGUUUUUAAAUUGCUGAGUCAAAGGAGUAUAAAUUUGUUGUGUUAACUUCAUUUAUGAACAACCUCAAAAGCUCUGUUUGUAACUUGUUGUGGUAAAAACCAUUAAAACUUUUCUUAUUCAUGAGACUAUC